AUGAAAUCAUCCCCACUCCUCCUCAUCCUGCUCCUAUUGUGCCUCACCACCCCUACCUUAUCAGCCCCCCAAAUAAACACCAGAUCAUCAUCAUCAUCAUCAUCAUCAUCAUCAUCAUCAUCAUCAUCAGACAAUCCCUCGUUAAAUGCCAACUUUGCCCACCCCAAAAUCACCACCACCAGGUUCGGUGGCAUCGUCAAUGAAGAACUCAUAAUAUUCUCCAAAUCCCCCAACGUGCUAUUCAUCCAGCACUCCAACGAUCAAGUAAUGAUCUCCAAGGACUUUGGCGGCAAAUGGCACGCAGUAGAUACCGAUAAGAUCAUUUCCAAUUAUAACAAUAAACAAAAACAUCCUCACCAGAAACUACCCAGCUCUCCCAAAUUGCUCAAAUUGAUCAAAAAUCACUUCAUCGAUGGCGAAUUGUUGUUGACCACUAACACCAAUGCCAUGUUCAAAUCACAGAAUUACGGUAAAGAUUGGGAGGUCGUACGAGUAGCCGACAGGAUAGAAAUGUACAAUUCCCAAGAAUUGCUGAGCAAAGACGUCAUUCUAAAUAAUUUCAACGAAACUUAUCCCUUGAGUUUCAAACAAAACUCCAGAAAAUCAUACUUGUCAGCCAUCGAGAAUUGUAUUGACAAUAAUAUCGAUGGGUACUGUUUGAAACAAUUUUACUACACCCAAGAUGAUUUCAAAACAUCAAAUAAAUUGCAGGUCGCCACAACCUGCUUGUUCAUCGAUGAAGCUCAACCAGCAGUCAUUUGUGUAACCGGUGCCGGAUCCUUGAUCCUCUCUAGAAACUGGUUUGACAACGACGACUACGAAACCUUAUUGAGCGAUGGGCAACUUAACCAGGUCCACUAUUACGACAACUUAUACAUUGGCACCGGCGCUAAUAAAAUCCACCUCUCUUCCAAUGGGUCGGUUUGGGCGUCGCAUGAAUUUACAGAUAUCCAAGAUUAUCAUCUUGUCAAAUCCUCAUACCAAAACACCAUCAUGUUGGUACAAAAAUUAAACGACCAAAUGGGGAAAUUAUUCAAAGUGUCAUUCAACGUCAUGAAAAAUCAAAUCUCCGUCACCGAGUCUUUGAAUUUCGUCCAUAGAAACCCCAACGGUUUAAUAGACUAUGAACCCAUUUCACCAAUCGACGGGAUCAUCAUGACCAAUCAGAUCGCCAAUGGCCAAACAAUAAUUGAAAACCUCGACCAAGAAUUGCGAUUGAAUACCAUGAUAACCUUUGAUAACGGCGACCAAUGGCAGAAUUUGCAAAUUCGAUCCAACCAACAACAACAACAAUUAAAUUUACACUCCAUCAUCCGGAAAUCUACAAAUAUCAACCAUGUGGAACGUAAGUACCGUUCAUCAUUCAUUCCGUCGGUGAUAAUGGGAGUUGGCAACCUUGGAGAAAAAUUGGAAAAUUACGCCGAUGGUGAUACUUGGAUCUCCACCUCCAACGGGAUCGAUUGGCAUAAAGUAUUGGAUGGUCCGCACCUUUUCCAAUUUGGUAACCAGGGCACCCUUAUCGUGGCGGUUCCUGACUCCUCCAAAGACUCGCUGGUUAUAAAAUACUCUUUAGAUUUUGGCGCCACAUGGGAAUCUUACGAGUUACUGAACAAUGGUCCACGGAAAUUCAUCGAUUUAAUCAACGCUCCCGGUGAAUCUUCGGGGAAAUUCGUGUUGAUCACCGAUUCUAUUGAUUCCCAACCAGCCUGUGAAAUUAUCCAGUUAGAUUUCACCGAGUUGUUGGAAAGUCUCCCCAAAUGUUCCCUUGCCAAAGAUUUCGGCCAGUUUUUUGUCGAGACUACUGCCAACGAUCAUUGUUUCAAUGGGUUUCGACAAUCAUUUCAACGCCGUAACCCAGAAACCGUUUGCAGAAUCAGUAAUGAUGGCGAAAUCAAUUCCGUCACCAAAGAACCUUGUGACUGCACCCAAUUGGAUUACGAAUGUGCCAUUGAUUUUUACCCCGACAUUGAUGGCAAUUGUAUCACCAACAAGACUGAAUUAACCGCGGGGUUUUUAUCGGAUGAAUUCUGUGAUGGCAAGACCAAAGCGUAUUGGCAACCUAGUGGGUAUAUGAUCAAGGAUGGUAAUUUGUGUACUGCUGUUAACGGGUUAAAACUUGAUGAAAACGUCGAGACUCCGUGUGCCAACUAUGAUGGCAUGGAAGAUGAUGAUUAUAAAGAUACUAACCCAUCAGAAAAAUUGGCCAAAGCAAUAAAGGCUACCAAGUACCAUGAUGAUGAAGCUAAUGACGUGGCUGAUACUUGGUUUUUCGAACUCGAUGGGUUUGUUAAAAAAUUUGAUUAUUUAUUAUCCACAAAUAACCCAAAAAACAACGAGGACGAUGAAGUAAUUAUCAUGCUAACUUCCACUAACAAAGCAUUCGUUUCUUAUUCACACGGUGUUGAUUGGCACCAAGUGGGGUCGGCUUACGAUAUCAUUAAUUAUUCUGUGGAUUUGGAUAACGGAAGAGUAUCGUUGAUCACAUUGCAGAGCAAAGUCAUUUAUUCUCAUGAUAAUGGGUAUCAUUGGAGAAGUUUUAUGAUGCCACUUCAAGAACAAGACCUGGAGAUCUUAUCAGCAUUGCAAAUCGAAUACAAUAAAUUGCACCGUAACUGGGUAAUCUUCACCGGGAAAGUGAGUGAUGGCCGAUCAGUGUCGUAUAUUUCCACCGAUUUAGGGAACUCCUGGAAAGUUUUACAAGACAAUGUGAUGCUCGGAUGUGUCUUUGCCAGUAAUCACCUCGACAACGGCGAUGAUAGUGCUUUAAUUUAUUGUUCACAUUUGCAACAAAACGGGAACGGGAAAUUAGUAUCGUCUAAUGAUUUUUUCGCCAGCGAGACCCCAAUUUUGUCCAACUUGAUAUCAUUUUGGGCCGAUCAUAAAAAAGUGUUGAUUGGGGUGACCGUCAAUGAUACCACUGAGUCAAUCCAGUUGUUUAGUAGUUAUAAUGGCGAAACCUGGAAAAAUAAAUCAUUACCAUAUAGAUCCAAUUUCCACCAGGAUCAAUUAGUAUUAUUUGAUUUGAAAGAUUACGGGUACCUCAAUACCCAACAAGCUGGUGCUGCUGGUGCUGCUGCUGGUGGUGAUAAUUUCCAAUUCUUCGUGAUGAAUGACCAUGUUAAGAAUGACAAGGGUCGAAGGUUUGGCGAUAUUUAUAAAUCUAAUUCCCACGGGGACCAAUUCACCUUAAUGAAGGCCAAUGUUGAUUAUAAUGGGUCGUCGUCGGGGGUGGAAUUUCAAAACUUGUUUGGUCUCGAUGGGGUGGUGGUGGUCAAUUCGGUGUUGAACGCCGGAAGGUUUAUGAAACCCGAGGAUCAUAGUCGAUUCAACGUCAACGACAAAAUUAUUCAAUCGCAAAUAACCUUUGACGAUGGGACAAGUUGGCGAUACUUGACCCCACCAGAUGAGGAUUCUAAUGGCAAGAAAUACCUGUGUCAUGGGAAAUCCCCAAUAGAUUGUUCUUUACAUUUGCACGGCAAAGAUCUUCAGAAUAAAUCGAUUUCUUCCCCAUCCACGGUAGGAGUAUUGAUGCUGGUGGGGAAUGUCGGGGCGGCGUUGGCCAACUAUGAGAAUUGUGAUACGUUUAUGUCACUUGAUGCCGGGAUCACUUGGAAAGAGGUUGCCAAAGGCCCGCAUAAGUUUGCAUUUGGGGAUCGUGGAGCGGUGAUGGUUAUGAUUGAUGCGGUGGGUAUCACUUCAGAAAUUCACUAUUCUACUGAUUUAGGGAAUUCUUGGAAGCUGAUCAAUUUCACCGAUAUUCCUAUUGAAAUCUCGUCAAUUGCCACGGUACACACCGAUACUUCUAAAAAAAUUUUGAUAUUCAAUACUGAUCAUACCAUGAUUUACCCCGUUGAUUUCGCGAAGUUAUUGAACAGGAACUGCAAGUUCGAUCCGUAUAUUGGUCUGAGUGAUUUCGAAACCUGGACCCCGUACCAUCCUGAAGGUCACAAGCAUAGAAAAUGUUUAUUUGGGAAAGAGAUGAUUUAUUACCGGAAAAAACCCGACUCGGUAUGCCAUAUUGGGGACGCGGUUCCUAAAGAUGAAGAUGGGAAAAUCGCUGGUUAUUGUACUUGUGUCGAGAUCGAUUUCGAAUGUGAUAUCAAUUACUUCACCAACAAGCAUGGGCAAUGUCAAAUCAUUGAUGAAUUGCGAUCGGUGAUUGAGCAGCAGUACUCUGUUUUCUGUGGAGAAAUGAGCGAUAUUGUCGAAUACCAAUUGCCGAGCGGGUACCGUAAGGCGUCUAUUACCCAAUGUGAUUCGAAGCUGGGGUUGGGUCUAGAUAGAUCGGUGACCACGGCGUGUCCUGGGAAACAACGCCAAUUCGACGAUAUCCAUAUUGGAUUACGUGGUGGUCGUUUAUUGGUAUUCGUGGUUAUUAUAUUGUCCGGGAUGGUGAUUAUUGGCUACAUGACGAUCAAGUACGUUUAUCUAGGAACGUUUCAUAAUCAAAUCAGGUUAGGUGAUGGCGGUGAAGACGGAGAAGAAGAAGAAGAAGAAGGGUACUUGUAUUUACAAGUGCAUAAAGACAUUUCAAUGAUAGCAUUGAUCAGAAGAGACAUGAUGAGGCUUGGGGAGAAGAUCGUGAGAGGUGGGGUGGGGUUGGUGUUAAUGGUGGUUGAUCUAAUCCAAGAAAGUAAUGAUCGAAUGCGUCAUCAUGGCAGCAAUGAUAGAAAUCGGUAUCAUCGGGUGUAUGAGGGCUAUUUAGAUAAUGAAGAGGAACAAGGGUAUCAUGAUCGUUCCGAGUCCGAAGACAGAGAGAUUAGAAGGUUUGUGGUCGAUGAUGAUGGCCAGGGGUUUUAG